AUGUCUGCGAAUAAUGCCCCGCAGCCAGUCAAGCUCUCCUUACCCUUGGAGUAUCAACAGCAUCUCUUCCAAGAGCUCCGGGCAGAAGAUGAGCUCGUCGUGCUGGCCCGUGGCCUGGGGCUGAUGCGCCUCGUCACAAACCUACUUCACUCCUAUGACGCAGCCGGAAAUAAUCUCAUAGUCAUUGUAGGUGCCGAAGAGCGUGAAAAUGGCUGGAUUGGCGAGGCAUUGGCCGAGCAUGCCGCCAUCAGCGCUGCUCCCAAGGCCCGGGGCUUGACAGUUGUGAAUACCGACUUCCAAAGUGUCGGUGCACGCGAGAAGAUGUACGCCGGAGGCGGCAUAUUCAGCAUCACUUCGCGUAUCCUAGUUGUCGACCUUCUUACCGGCCUGCUGGAUCCAGAGUCAAUUACGGGGCUCGUCGUGCUUCACGCUGAUCGUGUUGUCGCAACUUCACUCGAGGCCUUCAUCCUUAGAGUGUAUCGGCAGAAGAACAAGAUUGGGUUUCUGAAGGCGUUUUCCGACAACCCAGAUCCUUUCUCUACUGGCUUCUCCCCGCUGUCGACCAUGAUGCGAAAUCUGUUCCUGAAAAGGGCAUCGCUGUGGCCGAGAUUCCACGUCACUGUAGCACAGUCUCUCGAAGGCAAGAAGAAAGCCGAAGUCAUCGAGUUGGAGGUACCCAUGACAGAUUCGAUGACGCAUAUUCAAAACGCCAUCAUGGAAUGUGUUGAGGUCAGCAUCCACGAGCUCAAAAAGGGCAACUCGGGCCUUGAAAUGGACGACUGGAAUCUCGACAGCGCUUUGCUUAAAAGCUUUGACGUCAUGGUCCGACGACAGUUGGAUCCCAAUUGGCACCGUGUGAGUUGGAAAACACGGCAGAUCGUAAACGAUCUCACAGUGUUGCGCGGUCUAUUGACGUCCGUCCUGGCAUAUGACGCAGUGUCGUUUUUACAGCAUCUUGACACCAUCCACGCAGCGCACUCACCUCCGCCUGGAUCUUCGAGACAAAAUCAGUCACCUUGGCUAUUUUUGGAUGCCGCACAAACAAUAUUCGACACGGCGCGAAGGAGGGUGUAUUCGGCCAGCGCAAAAUCAAUCUCACAAAGUGGCGAUAAUAUCGACUCUUUGCGGCCAGUCCUCGAGGAGCUGCCAAAGUGGGCUCUGCUUGCUGAAGUGCUCGAAGAGAUUGACAGAGAUCUCUACUUCGAACCACCUGCCAGAGACGACUCAAAUGGGACUAUACUCAUCAUGUGCUCAAACACGGAUACCUGUAGACAACUCCGCGACUACUUGCAAACAAUGCACGUAAAGCCCAGGGUCGCAACUCCCACCACCACCGCGGAAGAUGAAGAAGAUGCCCACAAACCAUCGGCUGCUUUCAUGAUGAGAAGACGUCUACGCAGCUACCUAACCUGGAAGCGACAGUUCGCCCAAGUCAGCGCAACGCUCUUCUCCGAGAACCAAAAGGCCCUCAACGGCGCAGCUGAUUCCCGGCCUGGCCAUGCUGGCAUGGGCCGUGGUAAACCUCCGUCGAACAAGAGGAGACGCGUCCGUGGCGGAGGUAACGCCGGUGUCUCGGCCGGGCGGACCGACACUGGUGUUAUUGCGCAGUACUUUGAGAAGCCAGGCGAAGUGGCCCAUCUCAUGGCCGAAGUCCAGAUCACGGAAGAAGAAGCCCAACAAAAGGACGACAUCAUCGCCGACCCACUAGACAACAUGGAAGAUUACUAUCAGCUGUACGAAAUGCAAGACCUAGUCGUGGUCCACGCCUACGACGGCGACCAAGACGAGCACGUCCUCGAGGAAGUCAAACCCCGAUAUAUCAUCAUGUACGAGCCAGACGCCUCCUUUAUUCGAAGGGUAGAAGUCUACCGCUCGUCACACAAUGACAGAAACGUCCGUGUCUACUUCAUGUACUACGGGGGCUCGGUCGAAGAACAGCGCUACCUUGCAUCAGUCCGUCGAGAAAAGGACUCGUUCACAAAACUUAUCAAGGAACGAGCAAGCAUGUCCCUCGUCAUGACGGUCGACCCUCACGGCAUCGAAGACCCGCAAGAAGCGUUCCUCCGCACAGUCAACACGCGAAUUGCAGGCGGCGGACGGCUCGCAGCGACAGCCCAACCGCCGCGCGUUGUAGUCGACGUUCGAGAAUUCCGCUCCUCCUUGCCAUCCCUCCUCCACGGCCGGUCCAUCGUCAUCGUGCCCUGCAUGCUCACAGUCGGCGACUACAUCCUCUCGCCCAACAUUUGCGUGGAGCGUAAAUCCAUCAGCGAUCUCAUCUCGUCCUUCAAGGACGGGCGUCUCUACACGCAGGCAGAAACCAUGUUCCAGCACUACAAGUCCCCGAUGCUGCUCAUCGAGUUCGAUCAGAACAAAUCCUUUACGCUGGAGCCCUUUGCCGACUUAUCAGGCAGCCUGAGCAGCGUGGCGCCCACAAACGUGUCGUCCGACUUGCAGUCAAAGCUCGUCCUGUUAACACUCGCCUUCCCCAAGCUCCGCAUCAUAUGGUCGUCAUCGCCCUACCAAACCGCCGAGAUAUUCGAGUCUCUCAAGGCGCAAGAGGAUGAACCGGACCCGAUUGCAGCGGUGCAAGCAGGCCUAGACAAGGACAUGAAGGCGGAAGACCAGGCGUUCAACCAGGAACCGCAAGAGAUGCUCACCAAAGUCCCUGGCGUCACGCCCAAGAAUAUCAAAACCCUCGUACUAGAAACAGAGAAUAUCAAAGAGGUGGCCAACAUGUCAGUGGGAGACCUGGAGCCCAUGGUUGGAAAAGUCGCCGGCAAGGCCAUACACGGAUUUUUCAACCGCAACGUCAUGGAAGAAGACGACUAG